AUGCUCCUUUCAUACGCGAAGAAGAAGACAAAAGCAAAGACAAAUCCGCUCGUUUGGUUGCAGCUUUUAUUAGCGGUGUUGUCGACGAAAUCUGUCCUUCAAGACGUGGCCGAGGACCGCCCUUUUGUCGUUUCGAGCAAAGCUGCUCUCGUCGAAUUGUUUUUCUUUCCCGAAGCCAAUGGUGGCGUUCGAGUGUCGAACACGAAGCGAAACGUCGCGUUCGUGUACGACUCAAACGCCUUGAUACGGUCGAUCGAAUCUACCGUGGAGAGGUAUUUUCAUUUACCGGAACUCGCCUUGAACGAACUCGAAUUGAUCGAAAAGGAUGGGAUUGAAGUGCGCGUAAAAACGUUGAAAAAUCUCAAUUUUGAAGGAAAAGGAGGAUUAGGGGUUGCUCCCGGGAACGAGAUUAACGUGGACGAAUACGAAGAGUCGUACCGAAUAACCUCAAAAACGUCCGCGAAAGAGUGGAAGAAACGUAUUUUAGGUAUUGAUGAUACGGAUGUGGAUGGAGCGCAGACGGCGAAGAGAGAUUUUUUACGCUCGCUGUUAUCGCUCGAGUUGAAGUUUCAGGCGAGAAGUUUGCAUCGGGAGAUGGAUAAACUGGUCUUGUUUGAUUUUGACGUGAGCGUGAAUUACAGUUUAGAAAGCCGAGGUGGGCGAGUGCAAAUUGAAAUUAUAAUAGGUGGCAAUCACGUCGGCGGGGAGAGCUUUAAAAGCGUCGAGACGGUUUUCGAGGAUUGUUUUUUGUUGAGUUUAAUAGCGUUUACGCAAGUCGCCGUGUUGAGAUCGACGUUUAACGCGAAGAAGAAGACGGACGGCGAUGGUGGGUACGCGAGAGUUCGAUUUCCUCGGCGGAUGAGGAGUCUCGUUUCGCAAUCGUUGUUCAACCGUUCGAUAGCUUUAGAAACGUGCGCGAAUUUAGUUUUGUUCGUCGGGUGCUUGGCGUCGAUAUCGUGGCAAGUGCUUCCGCAAGAAGGUUUCGGGUUAGGACGGAAUUUCGCGAGAGGAUUAAACGGGUUUGGAUGUUUUUUAAUAUGGGCGUCUUUAGGCAGACACAUGACAAAUCUUCCUCCGUACGACGUCGCAUUUCGUGCCAUAAGUCGAGGUUUACCGGUUGUUUUACAAUUUGCCGUAGGUUCUGCGCCGCUUUUGAUGGGAUUUACGACGUUAGGCGUCGCGCUCUUCGCCGAGGAGACGGAAAAAUUUAAAAACUUGGAGAAUGGAUUUCUGACGUUAUUCUCCGUGAUGAAUGGCGAUAUCAUCUUCGAAAGCGCUCGAGACAUGAAACGAGGCAUUAUCGGUCAUGUCUACAUCAUCAUCUUCGUCGUCAUCUUCGUGUACACCAUCAUUUCUACGUUCGUGUCUAUCAUGCAGAAAGCCUUCGCGGAAAUCGAAAGCGAAAAGAGACGACACGAAGAAAGUAGUAUUCAUCACGUCGACGUAAACGACGACAACGAGAAUAAUACGAGAGAGAGGAGGAAAACAAACGCCGAAGAAGAAACUACGACUUUUAGAAGAGAACUAAGCGCGAUUAAAGACGCCUUGGCAUCGUUAGAGAGAUCCAUCCUCAUCGCUCGAUGA